GAAUAUUAAUAACUUCGCAAAAAAUUUGUUAAAAAUAAAAUAUUCUUUCAGAUCUUUAAAAAGAAGUUGGAAUACUUUUUCAGAAUUGGCAUUGUAUUUGAAGUUUAGAGAUAAUUAUUGUUAUUGUAAAGUCGACAUGUGUAGAAACAUUUUUACCGGCGAUAGUUUCUUGACGGUAGAGUCGACCUAAACAUAGUGUAAAGUGCUUUUCCUCUUUGUUCAUGAAAUUCGUUAUAAAAACAGCAGCUGGGGUGGAAAAUACAUUUUUGAAUUUUACAAAUAAAUGUAAACAAUAGAUACCAAAAAUAUAUUCAUCGAUUGAUUUCAUUUAGUAAGUGUACAUUUGUAAACAUAGAUUCAAAGAUUAUUAUAUUAAUAGUCUAUGAGCUGAUAAGACGCAGAAAAUUUAUAUUUGUUUACAUUAAAAACAUUGGGUUGGUCAUACUCUAAAACAAAGACCAAAGUUCAGUAGUAAAGUUGCAUAAAAUGUCUUGCCAACAAGGUGGAAAAUGUAUGGGACCGUCGCCUGCAAACGACUGUAAUCCUUGGUAUUGGAUAUUGGGUAUGAUAUGUAUGCCCGUCGCUAUACCAUUCUUGCUCUUUGAUGUCUGGACAAGAAAUGCUAUAGCCAAAGAACGUAAACGUCUACCCGGUAAAGUAGUAUUAAUAACUGGAGCCAGUUCAGGCUUAGGAGAAGCUUUGGCUCAUGCCUUCUAUAAAGCAGGCUGUAAAGUUAUAUUAGCUGCUCGCCGUGUCGAGGAAUUGGAAAGGGUGAAAAAGGAUUUGUUAUCUAUAGAAGUGGUGGGGCCUGCUUAUCCUCCCACAGUUCUGCCCUUAGAUUUGGCAGAAUUAAAUGCCAUACCAGCUGUAGCUGCUAAGGCAGUUAAUAUUUAUAAUGGCAUUGAUAUACUCAUUAACAAUGGUGGCAUUAGUGUUAGGGCAGAUGCCUUAACUACUGCCCUAGAUGUGGAUUUAAAAGUAAUGACUGUUAAUUACUUUGGUUCAGUGGCUCUAACAAAGGCUCUAUUACCAUCCAUGGUUAAAAGAGAAAAAGGUCAUAUUUGCUUUAUUAGUUCGGUACAAGGCAAAUUUGCUUUACCCUACCGUUCGGCAUAUUCAGCCUCUAAACAUGCCAUACAAGCCUUUUCUGAUUCACUAAGAGCUGAAGUGGCCUCUAAGGGUUUAAAGGUAACGUGCGUAAGUCCUGGUUAUAUAAGAACACAACUUUCGGUAAAUGCUUUAACCUCUACGGGACAGCAGCAUGGCAAAAUGGAUGCUACUACAGCCAAAGGCAUGUGUGCUGAUGUUUGUGCCCAACGUAUCUUGGAGGCUUUGUUAAAGAAUGAAAAGGAUAUCUUAGUAUGUGACUUACAGGCUCGCCUUGGUUACUGGUUACGUUUUCUUAGUCCUACUCUCUAUUAUCGGGUUAUGGAGAAACGAGCUCUUAAAUUACAGAAUGAUAACUAGUGAGAUUUCCUAUAAACGAUUGUAACAACUAAUUUAUUUAUUAUUUGCAAACUUUAUUAGAGUCAUUUUGUUUU